UUCAUCGAAUUGUUAAGCAAGAUAUGUUUUAGCGGCAUUACAUAUUUAUGCUAUCGUUAUUAUACAUUUUGUAUAAUAGACAGUAGCGAAUAACGUAAAAUUUCGUAACGACUGAAUAAUUCACCCUAGUAACCUAGAGGGACUUGUCUCUAGAGAUAUUCUUUUUUAUUAGGUAUAAGCAAGUUUAAAUAUGUAAACAAUAUUCAAAUGCACAUGACCGAUGUAUACAAUGAAGGUGCAAUGUCGUUAGAAGUAGAAAACGAUUUAAUACGUGUAAAUAAUCAAUUGUGCGAUUUUUCUCCAGAUGGAAGAUUUCUAGCAGUUGCAUAUCAAACAAAUUUAGUCGUAAAAAGUAGCAAAACCUUCGAUACCAUUCACUCGUUUGUAUUUGCAGACAUAAUUGAGGUCUUCAAGUGGUCUAGAAAUAGCGAAUAUAUUCUUUGUGCAAAUAUAAAAAAAGCUAUUAUUCAAAUAUAUUCUAUCUAUUGUCCCGAAUGGAAAUUCAAACUCACAGAAGGAAGUGCUGGUUUGGAAAGCGUCUAUUGGUCCCCCGAUAGCAAGCAUUUUUUAACAGUGUCAGAUUUUAAUAUUCAAAUAUCUAUAUGGUCUUUGGAAAAUCGAAGUGUAACUUACAUACAAAAUGUGAAGACUUCCUUUGGUAAACUACAUUUUAGUCCAAAUGGCAUUGAAUUGGCAAUCAUAGUUUCAAACGAAGGUGAAGACAGUAUAGAAAUUUAUAAGACCGAUACUUGGAAAUUAAGUAAAAAAUUAAUAUGCGGACGUUUGAGCAGCAUCGAUGGGAUACAUUGGUCACCGAAUAGCGAACUAUUAUGUAUUUGGUGUUCGUUUGGUAACGAGGCAAAAUUAAUUAUUUAUUCGAGCGUAAGGGAAAGAGACAUCGGAAUUUUUUGUCCCGAACGAAUUGUAGAUACAUCUGAAACAGGAUGCAAUUAUCGAAACGAAUUGAAAGGUAUCGAGUCCGUAACGUGGAUGCCUAGUGGACAAUUAUUGGCUGUAACUGGAUUUAAUGAAAUGAUCGUAUUAUUAAAUCACGUGACAUGGAAACCAUUGUUACAAUUGUAUCUCGACCCGGUAAUUAAGGAGAAUUAUUUGAAUAAAGUGUACGAGGAACGUGUAAUUCAACCGAAAUUAUCUAGUAAAAAUAUAAGUUUAUAUGAUAAACAUAUUCUGGAAGAAAAGUCUGAACGUCCGAUAAAUGUAAAGAUCGGUAAGAAAAAUGACAUCGACAAAUUGUCGAUCGCUAAAUUCAACGUUUUGGAAUUUAGCUCGUGUGGACAGUACAUGGCUAUAAAUCAUCAACUUUAUCCUACAACAUUAUGGAUAUGGAAUGUCGUCGAAGAUUAUCUGGAUUAUCUGCUUUUUGAAAAUAGUAUCGUAGCUGUAAAAUGGAAUCCUGUACGCGCUCAGCUGUUUGUAUUCUGCGAAUGCGCGCAUAUGUUUGAAUGGACACCACACACCGCGACCUGUGUAUCAACUCCACGAAAUAUUACAGUAGUAGACGGUCGAUGGCAUCCUCGAGGAAAUCUUUUAUUACUUUGUGGUUAUAAUAAGGCGAUAAUUUUAAAAAUUGUAAAUAAAACGUAGCAUCAACUGUAAGAUUAAAUCAAUUUUGAUUAUUCUUUAAGUAAUAUUCGAAGUAAGUUGUGUACAGUAAAACGUUUGAGUAUGAAAAUAUUACGUUAUUAAAAAAAAGAAAGAAAACAUAUUUUGAUCUACGAGAAAAAAAAAUGUAUAAAUUUAUAUGUUUAGUAUAAAGCUAAUGCAAUUCGCGAGAAUUAGUUACUAU